AUGUGGCGCACGUGUGAUGCGGUGGCGUUCGAUGUGGAUAGCACGGUGUGCGAAGAUGAGGGCAUCGACGAGCUCGGGGCGUACGUCGGUGCGGGCGAACGCGUAGAGGCCAUCACAAAAAAGGCGAUGGAGGGAGGGAUGCCUUUCGGUGAGGCUUUACAAGCGAGAUUAGAGGCCAUGGCGAUCACUCGGGAGCAGUUGGAGACGUACGUGGCGAAAAACCCGCCGAAAUAUUCACCGGGGAUCAAAGAACUCACUGCCGCGUUGCGCGCGAGCGGUAAAGAAGUAUACCUCGUCUCCGGUGGGUUCAGACAGAUGAUCGCUCCCGUGGCGAAAGGUUUGGGUAUUCCAGUCGAAAAUAUCUACGCCAAUACGAUAACGUUCAACGAGGACGGCUCGCUGAAAGGUUACGACGCCGGCGAGUUCACCUCGCGUUCGGGUGGCAAAGCCGAGGCGGUCAAGCACAUCAAAUCGAGUCGAGGGUACAACACGAUGGUCAUGGUCGGCGACGGCGCCACCGAUCUUGAAGCGAAGAUCCCCGGCGGUGCCGACAUCGUUGUCGGCUACGGCGGCGCCCAGCGUCGCGCCAAAGUUGAAGCCGAAGCCGACUGGUUCGUGCUCGAUUUAUUCGUCCUCGCGGAAGCUCUCAAAGGUGCGUGA